AUUUUUUUCUCCUCCGAAGAAUCUGCCGACCCAAACUUCUUCGACUUCUCCUUCCCUGGACAAUUUGCAGCAACAUUAGCAUCCAAGGAUAGCCGCACGCAGCACCCAUGGACAGUCGCACGCCUCAGCACUCAGUCAGUUCCAAUUGCAGCACAACGAAGCUGCACGCCGCAAGCCGCACGCCGCAACCAGCCACAUUUACACCAUGCUGCUUCUAGGCCAGAGACGACGCUGCUUCCACGGCUCAAAAGACAGCCGCACGCUGCACUCAACAACUGCCGCAUGACGCUGCUUCUGUUGUUUGUUAUAUUUGUCCACAAUCUCUCUUUAAGAUCCAUUGGUAUUUAUGUAUAAUCACUUUCAUUUCAAGAUUUAUUGCUAGUAGCUUUUGUGCAUGAGUUGAUAUUUGUGAUAUUUAUGCAAAAUUUCUUUCAAAAUCUGUAGAUAUUUAUGCAAUCUGGGUUGCGUUGUGUUGAUAUAACGAGUGACAUAUGAAUGUAUUUGUGAUAUUUGGGAUCUGAAUGGGUUUGUUGAAAUUGAUUGAUUAAUUUUUCAAUAAAAGAUCAGCAACAAGUAAUCGGGUUCGGCUGAUUUCGGUUAGUGUGUGGAUAUUGAUAAACGGGUUGGGUAGAGAUACGGGUAGUGAAACUUGAUUCUUAAACGGGUUUGUUUAUUAUAUUUAUAAACGGGUUUGGUUGUCUGAAAUUUCGUGGGUACCCUACCCGGUACCUAUCAUACUUUGAACCGUUUACUUUUUGUGCAUGCUUGAUUUUGGUGUUUUCUUUGUGGAAAUCUAAAUCUUUGUGUUUAAUAGCGCAAGUAAUGCAUUUGAUCCUCUUAAUCAUUCAAUAAAACAUUUUAUAGAAGGGUCUCUGGUAUGGGUUAUCUGGGUAAAAAAUGCAAAGCAGUGACCCUUCUUGAAUCCCCAAUUUAACACACACUCUCUCCAUUUUCACAUUUCCUGUGCCUUUCAUCUUUGAUUUUAUUCAAAACUUGUUUCAAUUCUUUAACUCAGGGUGUUUUUUACAAGCUUCAACUAUUGUUUAAUAUCAGAGGAAGUCUGCGAUUUUGACUUAUUUUGAGUAUUCAAAGUGAUUUUUCUUUGAGGGUUUUGAUCACGUGAGAAGACACAAAAUGGCAAGUUUCAGCUCAAAAUUUCAGCCUUCUGAAAAAGAAAAUUUGAGGGCUUUGUUUCUCCUUGAUUGAAUUUGAUGGAAUAGGGGAGUCUGGUGAUCUUGAAAUACAAGAUUCUUGAAAUGGCGGCAUAAGCUUUUGGGGCCUGUUGACUUCCAAAAACUGAUUAGAUGAAGAAUAGGCAAGUUGAAAUUAGGAGUGAAAAUUGAUAUACUUUAGGGGUGAAAAGAAUUAUAGUUGGUGUUCGGGGAGUUGGAUUUUUAAGUGAAGAAGAAAUUGGUUAGUUAAAGUUGGUGCAUUUGGAGUGAUUUUCUUGUUCUUGAAGCUGAACUGUCCUUAAAAAUGGAUGACACUGAGGAUGAUGCAAGGUAUCCGCCAAACCCAUAUGGUGUUAAUCACCAGCAAGGUUAUGGUUCUUCAAGUCAACAAAAACUUUCUGUGAAGAAUGCUCCAUAUUCCAGGACAAUUGGUAACCAGUAUGUUGAUGAUGACGAGGAAUAUGAUAAUGAAGAAGAAGAUGAAGAGGAGUUGGGAGAUGAUGAUGGGGAGAAUAAUCAAAAUAAUGGUAUUCAGUAUGUGGGAAAAGAAGUGGAUGAUGAUGACUAUGAUGAGGAUGAUGAGGACACAAAUGCUGAUGAAGAAGAUGAUGAUGCGGAUAAUCAAAACAAUUAUAGUGGGAGGAUCAAUGAUGAUUUGGAAAGGCAUCCUAAGAAGCGAAAGCUAAAGAGCAUUGCUUCAAGCUAUGAAUUUGCACCUCGCGUCCCAGCACCUCCUGUUACUGCCUCAUCAGCUCCAAAACCUUCAUUUGCUGGGCGUAACCCACUCACUGAUUGGACUGAGCAUGAAACUUUUGUUUUGCUUGAUGCUUGGGGCGAUAAAUUUUUGCAAUGUGGGAGGAAGAGUCUUCGUUCUGAGGAAUGGCAAGAAGUUGCCGAGAAGGUAUCAGAAGUAUCAAAAAUUGAGAGGACAGACACGCAAUGUAGGAAUCGUUUGGAUACAUUAAAAAAGAAGUAUAAAAAAGAGAAGAUUAAUCAAGUAGACAUGGGCGGCAAUAGUAGCAAAUGGGUUUAUUUCAAGAAGAUGGAUAUGCUAAUGUCGACAUCUGCACAGCAAGGCGGGCUUUCAUGUGGGGUGGACUCGGGAGAGUAUGUUUUCAUGAACCCUAAAGUAUAUCUAAACCGUGCAAAUGGAUUGGAUGAGAUGAGGGAUAGUCCAGGCAAUUCAGAUUCAGCUGACGAGGCUGAGGAUGAUUCAGAUGGACUUCCACCCAAGAAGAGAAAGUCUGGAAGGGACCGCAAUGAAAGAUCCUCAUUUAGAGUGCUUGCAGAUUCUUUUCAGAAAUUUAGUGAGAUAUAUGAGAAAAUUGAGAAUAAUAAACGGCAGCAGAUGCUGGAACUAGAGAAGAUGAGGAUGGAUUUCCAUAGGGAUUUAGAAAUGCAGAAAAGGCAAAUCAUUGAGAGAGCACAUGCUGAAAUAGCUAAAAUUAGGCUGGGUGAUGAUGACAAUAAUGAUAUCUCUGCUGAUAAUGCCAGUGGAUAAUGCUUCUAUAUCUGAUUUGUGUCUAUAGCAUUAAUUAGCAUAUUUGCUAGUUGUUGUUGUAUAAUGUUGGGGCCUGCUUAUACUCUUUUUAAGGAAAUUGAAUUGUUGACAAUAUUUGUAUUAGCUACGCCAUAAGAAAUAACAGAAUGCUUUAGUUAUUCUAUCAA